AGCUAGCUAGGAAAUUUUACUUUGUGGUCCCCUUGUACAACAUGCAUCGCUGUUCACUCUAGGGCCAACGACCCGGUGUUGUCUGAGUCAAAGUCUUUUGCAAUUUUCAUCUUCACCGAAAGCAUAUAUAUAACAAUUAUCCAUGUUUGUUUUCCUAAAUUGCAAUAACGAUAUUUUCAUAAAAAACUGAUAUUUAAAACCUUAGGAAUCCUAAUUAAUUAAGAGCAAGGGGGAUGCUGAUGAAGAUGUCCAUGAUCCUUUUGUUGUUUCUCUCCAUGCUUAGCUUGCUCAGUUUGAUCACCAGUAAUGAAACUAGUGAAUUUAUAGCCAUUUUCUGCCCAAACACAACCACUUUCACCCCCGACGCAGGCGGAUUCGAAUUCAACUUCCCCGACAGCUUCCAAACCAAUCGCAACGAAGUCCUCAACAACCUUACCUCUCCCGCUGCCCCUGACACCGGCUUUUACAACACAACGGCGGGCUUAAAUUCUAGGGAAAAGGCCUACGGCCUCUUUCUCUGCCAAGGAUAUGUCUCUACCAAAGUUUGUAAACAUUGCGUGACUGCGGCAAGCACAAUGGCAACUCAACGCUGUCCCAACGGAAUAAAUGCAAUUGUAUGGUACGACCACUGCAUGCUACGCUACUCAAACGAGUCCUUAUCCACCUUGAGCGAAUGGCCGGUCUUCUACAUGUGCAACGUGCGGAACGCAACCGAAUGGAAUCGGUUCAACCAGGUGCUGGCGGAGAGUAUGUACGAGGUGGCCACCGAGGCUACUAAUACUGCCAACAAGUUUGCAACGAAACAGGCAAAUAUUAGUAGGUUUCUUACUCUGUACAGCCUCGCACAGUGCACAUGGGAUCUGUCCGCAGUGUAUUGCAACCGGUGUUUAACGCUUGCCGUGACGGAAUUGCCGAACAGUUGUGAAGGAAAGGAAGGGGGACGAGUUUUGAUGCCGGGUUGUAACGUCAGGUUUGAAAUUUAUCCCUUUUACCUCCAAAACGCCACCUCAGCACCGGCGCCUGCACCGAAGGCUCUUCCUCCUCCUGCACUUAAAGGAAGAAGGAAACACUUCCCUACAAUUACCAUUGUUGUUGGGUGCGUUGGCAUUGCUCUUAUAGUUGUCUCUCUGGUUGUAGCAUUGGGCUACUGCCUCCCUGGCAGAAGAGAAAGAAAGAAAAACGAAGAGGCUCUACAACAAGAAAAUGGCAAACAGCAAGAUAUGAGGACGGCUGAAUCCUUGCAAUUUGAACUGGGAACUCUCGAAACUGCCACAAAUAAGUUUUGCGAAGAUAACAAGUUAGGCGAAGGUGGAUUCGGUGCAGUUUUCAAGGGAAUACUUACUAAUGGACAAGAAAUAGCAGUAAAGAGGUUGUCAAAAAGCUCCGGACAAGGUGUACAAGAAUUUAAGAACGAGGUAGUGUUGGUAGCCAAGCUUCAACACAGAAAUCUUGUCAGGCUUUUAGGAUUUUGCUUGGAAGGAGAAGAAACCAUACUUGUUUAUGAAUAUGUGCCCAACAAAAGCCUUGAUUAUUUUCUAUUUGAACAUAGAAAACGAGAACAACUAGAUUGGUUGAGCCGCACCAUGAUAAUUGGAGGAAUUGCUCGAGGAAUUUUGUAUCUUCAUGAAGAUUCGAGGCUUAGAGUUAUACAUCGUGAUUUGAAAGCUAGCAAUAUUUUAUUAGACAGCAACAUGAACCCGAAAAUAUCAGAUUUUGGGAUGGCUAGAAUGUUUGGAGUUGAUGAUCAAACUGAAGGAAAUACCAAAAGAAUUGUUGGCACUUAUGGAUACAUGGCUCCAGAAUAUGCUAUGGAAGGGUUGUAUUCAGUAAAAUCGGAUGUCUUCAGCUUUGGAGUACUUCUACUUGAGAUCAUAACGGGGAGAAGGAACUUUUUAGGUUUUCAUCGCACUAAUUGUGGACCUACUCUUAUAGGUUAUGCUUGGCAAUUAUGGAAUGAAAAGAAAGGUUUGGAGUUGAUGGAUCCCUUGUUAAAAGAUUCAUGCAGUCCAAAUGAAUUUUUGAGGUACAUCCACAUUGGAUUAUUGUGUGUUCAAGAGGAUGCAAACAACAGGCCAACCAUGUCAUCAGUUGUUCAUAUGUUAAAAACUGAAACUAUUAGUCUUUCCCGACCUGAGAAACCAGCCUUCUUUACAGGAAGAUAUGUUGAUCACCAUGAUCAAAUACGUUCUCAAGAUUGCUCAGCCAAUGGUUUGACGAUUUCUAUCGAUGUUCCUCGUUGAGACCGAUGACAAUAAGGUUAAUAUCAUUGGAAGCUCUUCCGUUAAAGGCACUUUGCUGCGUUAGAGACAAUUCUAUAAUCUUUACAGCUCUUCUUUCACCUUGUCAUUUGUAUAGGGUAAAUGUUAGUUACCACGCACUCCGUAAUCUCGAAUUUCUAGAAUUUUUAAUAACAUAUAUAUACUGUAUAUAUACUACCAGUAUGACUUGAGUGGUGUUAUUUUACGUACUUAUAUGUUUCAAGUUAAUUAGAAUAUUGGUCCCAUAA